CGUGGACUUGCUGGCUAUCGAGCACUGAAGUUUGCCAGGCUCGCUCUCGGCGCUCUCUUCGGCAACUCCCGACUCACCAAAUCUGGCAAGGCCGAGGUUUCCCCUUGUUAGCGCCCAAACGCGCGUCCAACAAGCAAAAACCCUCGCCCACCGGCUUGUCCCUCUUCCUCGACCAUCGACGCAGCGACCAGCGCUGCACUCUGUCGUCGGCCAUCUGUCGACUCGACGCACGAGUAACGGAGCGGUGGAAGAACGACGUCCGCCCCGCGAGUGGUGGACAUCCUCGGGACGCGCCCCGCUAUCCUCCUUGUAGGUAGCCAGUCGCAUUCUUGCUCGCUCAGUGUACUUCUCGUCCGAGCUCGACCCGCAGGGAAUAUACGCAUACGCUUUCGUUCGUCGCAUAUCAUCUUCGCGUAGCCCGCCCAGCCGCGGAUCCUGGACCGUGCUGCUAUAAGUACUUGCAGAGCUCAAGCUUGCUGCUUCUUGUGACUCGACCGACGCGCUAGCAGUACAUAGUGCCAGCAAGCAGCUCAGUUGACAGUAGGUCCUGCUCUCGACGUCCACCAUGGUGCUCACGAUGCGCGGCUUUCCUCCCGUGCUGGUCUUCAGGCGGUUCUCGUCCUCGUCCCCGACCACUACCAUCGUCACAAAAGCCAUCCCGUCCAAAAGCCACCUCCACUCUCCCAUCCCCGACUCCGCCUUCCCCAAGGGCUACACCCUAACCGGCCUCCACUGCGGCGUCAAGAAGAAGUCCGGAGUGCUCGACCUCGGCGUCAUCCUCUCCACGUCCCCCCGCCCGACCAGCGCAGGAGCGUGCUUCACGCGCAACGCCUUCAAGGCCGCCCCCGUCCUCGUCUCCCAGGAUGUCCUCGCACGCACCGGGGGCCGCGCGCGCGCGAUCGUCGUGAACAGCGGCUGUGCGAAUGCCGUCACUGGCAAGCAGGGCAUGGAGGACGCGUGGUCGAUGGUGCGCGCGACCGAUGUUCUCCUCCCCUCCCAAUCCCAAGCCCCGAGGGAAAGCGAGACGCUCGUCAUGUCCACGGGCGUCAUCGGGCAGAACCUGCCCAUCGCGAAGAUCCUCGAGGGCAUCCGCUCGCAGGGCCCGUCUGGGACACGCACGUUGGGCUCGACCUUCGAGGCGUGGGAGCGUGCGGCGCGCGCGUUCAUGACGACGGACACGUUCCCGAAGCUGCGCGCGCGGACGUUCGCGGUGCGCGGGAAGGAGUUCCGGCUCGCGGGCAUGGAUAAGGGCGCGGGCAUGAUCCACCCCGACAUGGGGCCCCCGAGCGGACAGCUGCACGCGACGCUGCUCGGGUGCAUCCUCACCGACGCGGCCGUCUCGCCGCGCAGUCUGCAGUCGGCGCUCACGUAUGCGGUCGACCGCAGCUUCAACUCGAUCAGCGUGGACGGGGACAUGUCGACGAACGACACCAUCGUCGUCUUGGCCAACGGCGCGGCGACGGCCGCGGAGGAGCCUGAGAUCGACGAGGCGACGGACCCGGAGGCGUAUGAGGUGUUCAAGCAGGAGCUCACCUCCUUCGCUGCGGACCUUGCGCAGCUUGUUGUCCGUGACGGCGAGGGUGCGACGAAGUUCGUGACGGUCACCGUCGAGGGCGCGCCGACAUACAAGGAUGCGCACGCGGUCGCGUCGCGGAUUUCGACCUCUGCACUCGUGAAGACGGCUCUGUUUGGGGAGGAUGCGAACUGGGGGCGCGUCCUCGCUGCCACGGGCUCUGUCGCCUUGUCUCAGCCCAUCGACCCUACCCGAGUGAACGUCUCUUUCGUUCCUUCCGACGGGACCGCCCCUCUGCCUCUGCUGGUGAAUGGCGAACCCGAGAAGGUUGAUGAGGCCCGUGCUUCCGAGAUCAUUGGUCAGGAGGACCUCGAGAUCAAGGUUGAGCUUGGCCUGGGCUCUGAGAGCGCGAAGUAUUGGACGUGUGACUUCAGCUACGAAUAUGUGAGGAUCAACGGCGACUACCGGACGUAGAAUCGGGGCUCGUUCGUUGUACAAAAGCCUGCCAGGCAGUAGAUCCUGCGUUAGGAGUAUCCCAAUGAAGAGUGCCUUGGCUGUCUCAGGGCGGCCGGCGUUCCAAGUAGACUGAGAUGAUAAUCAAGGCGAAAAUCCUAGCUUC